UUUAUACACAAGAUAAUGCAAGCCACAAAAGGUUGCCACGUAGCAGAUAGGAGCUCAUGCCAUCCAUCUCCUGGAUACACUAUCACCACAAGCCUCCUCUGUUAUAUCUACACCCCACAGUCCCUCCCCCUCAACCCCUUUUAGCCCCCAUAAGUAAAGCAAAGAAAGACUCCAUUCUUCUAGUCAUCUAAUCACCCUCCAACUCUAACAGCAAAAGACAUGGCCUCCACAGCCACUCUCUCUGCAGGUUCCAUGCUCUGCACCUCCUUUGUAAGGAGGCAGCAGCCGACGGUGACAAGCCUGCGGGCUUUUCCCAACAUGGGUCAGGCUGUUUUUGGAGUGAAGGGUGGGGGGAAUGGUGGACGCAUCACAGCAAUGGCAGCAUACAAAGUGAAGCUGCUAACACCAGAUGGACCAGUAGAAUUUGAGUGCCCGGAUGACGAAUACAUUCUUGACGUUGCAGAGGACAAAGGUAUUGACCUGCCCUACUCGUGCAGGGCAGGUUCUUGCUCUUCUUGUGCAGCAAAGCUGGUUGAAGGGCAUGUGGAGCAGUCUGAUGGUAGCUUCCUCGAUGAUGAUCAGAUGAAUGAUGGGUGGGUGCUUACUUGUGUUGCUUAUCCUCAGUCUGAUGUUGUUCUUGAGACUCACAAAGAAGCAGAGCUCGUUGCAUAAUUUACUAAUUUCUCUUGUUUGAGGUCGUCUUCCUCCAUAUGUAGUUGUUGGCUACACUAGAUGUUUGUUUGUCUUGUCUCGAAUGAGUUUUGUUUUUGUUUUU